AUGGAGCAUCGAGUGGCAGUGACGGUAUGCGCUGUUGUUACAUCGUUCACGAUUACUCAGGCUCCAUCAGCUGUGGUGCUGUUUUGGCGAACAUUAUGGGUUGACCGACAGUUCGAAGGCGAGUGGUACGACUUAGAAGUGGUCACCAGUUUUCUGGUCAUUUUUGGUAAAUGCCUGAAUUUUGUCGUAUUCUGCCUGAGUUCGGACAACUUCCGUCAGAAGCUACUCUUCAUACUUCGAGCCAGGUGUGGAGGCAUUAGUGAAGAAAAGUAUGUAUUCAGUCCUCAAUAA